CAGAGACAGAGAGCAAGAAUGGUGGGUGGAGGAUUUGUAGAAGGCGGGCAGCUGAGAAGGGCGCAUCUUUACGAGUACAGGAUCACUGGGUAUUUCGUAUUUGCCUGCAUUAUUGCGGCCCAUGGUGGAUCGCUUUUUGGGUACGAUCUGGGCGUUUCGGAUGAGGCCAACACCAGUGCCGUGUUGUACGGCAUCCGCCAGAGAGAAAUGGUGGAAAGCUGUCGGUGGUGGACGGUGAGGUCAAGCCCCAAGCGCCCAGACUAUCCGGUAGCCUGGAUGAUUCCCGGCUGAAACUGAGGCAGGAGCUGGCGAAGUUGGGGGAUGAUCCGGGUUACGAGGACAUGCCUGUGGAGGAAUUUGCAGCGGCAUAUCUUAGAGGGGUUUUGGAUGGCAAGAGGGGGAAGGGGUGGGAAAGAAUGCCAAGGAGG